UGACGUUUGAAGCAAUGUGACAGCUUGCUGUUGUGUGGUGAAAAUAUAAACAUGAACUAAAAUCGGUUUUAUUUCAGUUUUGCUAGUACACGUACACGUUCAACAACUUAAAACAAACCUAAAACUAAUACUAUGGCUGCUGUACUAAAAAAGAGGGCUUUGGCGGAGUACAACAAAUCAUUCCAGGAUGGUCCACCUACGAAGAAGUUGCACCUUGUUAAGAAGCCUUUGAUAGGCAGCUCGGCCGCCGCAUUCGUGGGUCUGUUAGAAAAGUGCAAAUCUAGUGACGAGGCACUUCAACUACUGCUGCGUAUUUCUGACUGCCUGCAGUUCCAAGAGUCUGACGUUGAAGAGGCUAUUAAGAAGUUGUCAGAACACUUCCAAUCUGAAGAGGAGUCUGUAGUGAGAGUGAAGAUACUGUGGUUGUUCUGUGAUAUUGGCUUAGAAUGCCCUGGAGCCAAUCUCAAUAACCUGAUUGACGAAACUGCUCACUUGAUCAAAAAUGAAACCUCACAUAAGGUUAUAGCACAAGGCAUAGCCACCCUACUCAAACUUGGCAACAAGCUCAGUGAUGACAAGAUCCUCAUGAUGCGCCUUGUCGCAGUCGCCAAGGACAACUUGAAGGACACCAGCCACCAGGUCAAGUGUCGGUGCCUGCAGUUGAUCAGUGAGCUGUAUCCCAUACACCCGGAGUCUGAGAGAACUAUGGAGAUGUCGACUGAAGCUGAUGCUAUUGUGAAGCUGCUUGGAGAUUAUUCUCAUGCUGAGGAUGCAAGAGUCCGCUGUGGAGCAUUUCAAUCUCUCCUCACAAUGCAUGAGCGAGGACAGAAUCUGAGUGCCAACUUGUAUGAUCUGGUGUGCUUAGCUCUGUCUGAUGACUAUGAGAUUGUGAGGGAGGCUGCUCUCAAGCUUGUUUGGGUGCUGGGCAACAAAUAUCCUGACAACACAAUAACCCUGUCCGACGGCGAGACGACCAUGCGCCUAGUAGACGACGCGUUCGUCCGCAUCUGCUCCGCAGUGAAUGACCUGUGCAUGCAAGUGCGAGCUCUCGCCUGCACGCUGCUGGGCACCACGCGCGCUGUCUCUGACCGGUUCCUGCUGCAGACUUUAGACAAGCAGCUCAUGAGUAAUAUGAAGAAAAAGCGCACAGCCCACGAGCGCGGCGCUGAGCUGGUUCGCAGCGGCGCGUGGGCGUCGGGGCGGCGCUGGGCGGACGACGCGCCCGGACAGCUACUGCAUAGUGCCACCGUGCAGCUGCUGCCCGGCGGGGCCGCCGGCGCCUUCGUGCACGGCCUCGAGGACGAGCUCUGCGAGGUACGCACAGCAGCCGUAGACGCAGUAUGCCAGCUAUCGAUGGAGAAUGCAGUAUUCGCGACGACCUCGCUUGACUUCUUGGUGGACAUGUUCAACGACGAGAUAGAGGACGUGCGUCUGCGCGCGAUAGACAGCCUGACUCGUAUCGCGCAUCAUAUCGUCUUGAGGGAAGACCAGCUUGAAACUAUAUUGGGGGCUUUGGAGGACUAUUCAAUGGACGUGCGAGAAGGUCUGCAUCGCAUGCUCGGGUCAUGCACGGUCGCCUCCAAGACCUGCCUCGAGAUGUGCAUCGACAAGAUAUUGGAGAAUCUCAAGAGAUACCCACAGGACAAGCGUUCAACGUUCCGCUGCGUACAACGCCUCGGCAGUUCUCACGCGUCACUAGUGUUGCCGCUGACGACGCGCUUGUUGGCCGUGCAUCCAUUCUUCGACAUGCCCGAACCUGAUGUUGAGGACCCGGCCUACAUGUGCGUCCUAAUCCUGGUGCUGAAUGCCGCCCAGCACUGCCCCACCAUGCUACCGCUGUUUGAAGACCACACCAUCAAGCACUACACGUAUCUACGAGACACCAUGCCGCAUCUAGUGCCCUACCUGCCUAUUGGUGACGCCCAACGCUCAAGCGCCGAGAAGAUCGAGUCGGCGAUGGACGACAGCGCGGUGCGGCGGUUCUUCGACUCAGUACUACAGCACAUCGACAACACUGCGCUGUCUAACAGCGUGAGACUCAACAUGCUGCAGUCGGCUGAGGAACAGCUUAACAAACUAGCGGAGAUGGAGCCGGGCGUGUCGGGCGCGGCGCAGUUCACGAUGGUGUUCGCGCGCUGCGUGCUGGCGCUGCACGGCGCGCUGCACUCGCCCGCCGGCCCGCCCGCGCACGCGCUCUCGCACCUCACCACCGACUGCCUCAGACUGCAGCACCAAUUCAGCGGCGUAUCAGAGCAGGACAACGCGUUUGUCUGGCAGCUCGCUCUCCGCGUGAGUGCGGCGCGUCUGUGCGCGGCGGCGGCGCCCGCGCGACUGACGGGCUCCGCGGUCACUCCGGCCGCCGGCGCGGGAGUGGCCGCCGCGCUGUCCGCCGCAGCCGCGCUCACGCAUCAUGCUGAGUUGCUCGAUAGGCUGUUGGCUUCUGCAGGAGUGGAGCCGGACCCGUUCACGAUCGCAGUGUUCCGGCAGCUGUCGAUGAACGCGGACCACAAGCCGGCCGCGCUCGCCCGCGCCGUCAUGCCACUGUUACAGUCUGCGCCGCUGCCUGUGAUACCCAAGCCUAAUAUCAAUAUCCGCAUGUGCACAGCACAUAUCUUGGAGCCGGCGGCCGACAACGACACGGUGGUGCGGUUCAGCGCCGGGCUGGUGGCGGGCGUGGCGCUGGAGGCGGAGGUGCUGCGCGUGAAGACGCCGCGCCUGCUGCGCGUGCGCGUCGCCUACCCCGACACGCGGGCGCAUGCGCUCGUGCCGCCGCCAGACCAUCUCAGGCCGCUCGAUCAUCAUAAUACUAAUGACGACGGCACCCAGAACGUGCGCCUUCUAACCAAGGUGCUGAUCUCCCACGGCGUGUGGACGGAACCCUGCGGCGUGGACAUAUCUGUGUGUCUCGCGGUCGAAGAGGGCGGCGGCCGGGAGCCCGCGCAACUCAUCGAGCUGUGCCGACCGGUCAGGGUCACUGUCGCACCCAAGCCUAUCAAACGAGGCAUAUAAGUACACGUAAUCUUGGAUGAAAAAUUGUUGGUGGUGACCAGUUGAGAGUUUGGUCUCAGGCCACCUGAAUAUAAAACGUGGUCUUAAAGUAUCGUAUUUUGUGCUAGGUUAAACCAUCUCCUUGAAAAAGUCAUGAUGGACCUAACCUUUUUAACCUUGAAGUAAAGAUCAUACGUUUUUAAAACCACAUUUAAAAGUUAGGUAGAGGGAUUCUAAGUACCCCUCAGGUUAAAUGGGCGGUAAAAAUGAUUUUUGAAAAGAAAGAUUUUCCUCCCUUCUAUUUAGUCCUACCUUGCAUCCUGACAAAAUGUGUAAUAAUUCAAUUUUUUUAUUAUCUCUGAAAGAUGUAUUUUCCCUAUUAAGUGACUGUAAAAUGUGUGCAGGACAACAUAUAUUAUGUACCUCUGGACUACUUAGAAAUAAGAACAAAAUAAAGUAAUUAUAUACUUUUAA